AUGGCCUCAGUCUCUGUUUACGACGCAACUAUCCCCACCUUCACAAAGGGCCUCAAGACCUUUGAUCACAUUCUCACCAAGGCCGCAGAGCACGCCAAGGCUAAUGGCGUCGACGUCAACACUUACGCCGAAGCCCGCAUCAUCGAGGACCAGCUGCCUCUGACGUUCCAGGUGCAGAAUGCUACCAAGACAGUGAAGACCAACAUCGGUCGCCUGACUGGUGUCGAGCUCGAGCCCUUUGAGAACAAAGAGAAGACGUUCGAGGACCUGCAUAAGCGCAUCAAGGAGACGCUUGAUCUUCUCAGCAAGGUCGACGUUGCUGCCAUCAACGCCAAGGCCGAUGCCGAGGUUGACUUGCCUAUCUUCGGUGGAAAGACCUUGAAGGUCUCAGCUAAGGAGGCGGCACUGAGCCAUGGAAUCCCCAACUUCUUCUUUCACCUAAAUGCCGGUUACGCUAUUCUGAGAGCUAAAGGCGUACCUGUUGGCAAGGCGGACUACCUCGGCAGCUUCGUCCUCCCAUAG